GACGACACCACUGAUAACACCUUCACUGGGCAACUCCACAAAUUCGCUUCUACGGACGGCAUCAUGGCACCCACCCGUUCGUCCAAGGUUGUGCGACUGAUCUCCACGGGAUGGACGACACUUGAAAAGUCUGUCAAAUCUCCCGUGGAGCUCAUGGAGGAAGCGCUUCUUUCCGCCACUUCGGCCAUCGGUGUCCAGCUCAAGGACAUUGGCGGCCUCAUCGCUGUGCCUUCGCUCGCCGACCCGCAUUUCAUGGAAGCGCAUUACGUUGCCUCGCAUAUUGGUAUGCUGCCUGCGAAGAAUGUAGUCGUGCGCACUGUCGAUACUGGCGGUGCCGGUCCCAUCACUGCCCUCUUGGCUGCAAAGCGCAUGGUGGAAUCCGAAGGCGUCGACUGCGUGGCAGUUGUAGCCGGGGACGCCGUGCGCCAACUUUCCGGCGAAGAGUUUCUUCGCCGCGCCGACCAGACCUGCUGGCAUCCCAAUUCUGGCUUGUCGUCGCCUGUCAUUCCGUCUGGCUACGAUCGCGUGGCCAACUACCAAAUGAAGAACUUUGGCGUGACGCGCGAGGAACUGGCGGCGUGCUCGGCGGUGAUGUCGAUCAUGGCAUCGCAGCACCCGAUGGCAUUGACCAAGACCCCUCGCUCCAUCGAAGACGUGUUGGCGUCCCCCCCAGUGGCAUCCGUGACCAACUUGUUGGAGUGUGCCCGUCGAGCAGACGGCGGCGCGGCGCUGCUGGUCGCAUCGGCUCGGUUCAUGGAGCGCAAGGGCAUUCCGACGGGCACUGGCGCAGUCAUCAUUGGCGGGGGCGAAGCGUCCGGACCGUUGUAUCCUCCGGCGCUCGAAGACAUUGACGAAGACAUGUUUUCGUGUGAACAAGCCACGUUGCAAGCGUACGAAGAAGCCAACAUUUCUGUACGCGACAUCGACUUUUUCGGGCUGUACGACUGCUACCCAGUCUGUCUGAUUCGCGCCGUGGAGGCCGUGGGCCUGGCCCCCCAAGGCUUUGGCGGACGAUACAUGCUGGAAAAGUACUUUGAACUCAAACAACGCAAGCACAAGCGCGUGCAGGACAUCCUCCCCAUCAACACCCACGGCGGCCUCUUGGCCUUUGGGGCGCCAUGGGAAGUCCCUGCCAUGUACAACGUCAUUGAAGCAUUCCAUCAGAUCACAAACUGUGCGGGGAACCGUCAGAUUCCCAACGUCCGACGGGCACUCGUGUACGGCAACGGAGGGAUUUUCUCCCACAGUGCCGUGGCCAUUCUCGGCAAUGGCACGUAUUAAAAUAUACAAGAAACCAUACAUAGCACCAAGGUCGAG